AUGGACGGAAACGAUCAUCUUUGCUGUGAGGUCCUUCCCGGCUAUCCCGACGCGAACAACAAGUCCAUCAUCGACUUCAAUCUUGACGGAAAUGUCCUUGAAACUUUAAACGGAGACUCACCGAUUGAAAGCUUCUUUGGGUUCAAUUUCAAGUGCGAAUUUACUGGCGCUACUGAAUUGGAAGAACUCACGAAUAUUUACGGGGCAGAUAUCAUCACAAAUAAUGUAACUGGCGUACUUGACUCCUCGGUUCUCCCGUCUCCGAGCACUUGCGCAGUUCAAAAUAAUAGAUGUCAUCCGAAUAAUAAUUUGCAACUUGGAAACAAUUUUAUAAUUGAUUUUUACGAUGCUGUCAACACUGGUCUCCAUUUUCGAAUUGAAAGUAUUUGGGUUGGUCCGGCUGAGGGCGCAAAAACGAUCCAAUUAGUCGAAGACGGCUGCACAACAGCUUCAUUUGCAUCAACUAGUACGAUGGACGUUUUUGGCCUCUUUCUUAUAUGGGAAGCCUUCAAAUUCCAGUCGUCAGAAUCUGCCCAUUUUACGAUACAAAUUGAUCUUUGCAAUCCCGAAGACGAAAUAUACUGCAAAGGCAUUACAAAUUGCCUUAGCGGAAUCGGUAACCUGGCUCUUUUUGAACAGAUGCUUGCUAGCACUAAUGGAAGAAAACGACGAUCAGAUGAGGCAGAAAACGAUACUGCUUCGCGCCAUAAUUACCAAAAAGCUAAAGAUGUUAACGUCCAAAUUAAUGUUCCAAAAAACGCAAUGGUUGUCGAAAACAAUUCCUUUGGAGAAACGAUUAUACUCCUCCAACGAAAAAAUGACCAAAGCAGCGCUGCUUGUCAUUUAAUUUCUUCAAGCUGCAUUCUGUUUUUUCUGAUAUUUUCAAUUUAA